CGAAACGACGGCCAAUCGAAAUUGUUCAUCCCUAGAAGAAGACAAGAAAAAGACGAAAAUAAUAUAUAAUAAUAGAAUAUUCCACCGUGAUAAUAUUGCCAAGCAUCGUUUUCCGCGUCCUCGCCGUCGGUAAUUGGGCAGCUUUCUGAACGACCUUGAAAUCAACACUUGAAAGACCCCGAAAAGCAGGAUAUUUGGCCGAAGAAACGAGACAUCAUCGACAGCGCAACCACAACCACAUCCGCAACCAAAUCCCAAAUCUAAAUCCAAUUUCGAGUGAAAAGACAGCUAGCGAAAUGCCACUGUUCGGGAAGUCGCAGAAGUCGCCAGUAGAGCUGGUCAAGUCGCUGAAAGAAGCGAUCAACGCCCUGGAGGCGGGCGACCGCAAGGUGGAGAAGGCGCAGGAAGACGUCAGCAAGAAUCUGGUCUCGAUCAAGAAUAUGUUGUACGGAAGCAGUGAUGCCGAGCCGCCGGCGGACUAUGUGGUGGCUCAGCUGUCCCAGGAGCUGUACAACAGCAACCUGCUGUUACUGCUUAUUCAGAACCUGCAUCGCAUAGACUUCGAGGGCAAAAAGCAUGUGGCUCUCAUAUUCAACAAUGUGUUGCGCCGACAAAUUGGUACACGUUCACCCACCGUUGAGUAUAUCUGCACGAAGCCGGAGAUCCUGUUUACUCUGAUGGCCGGCUACGAGGAUGCGCAUCCGGAAAUCGCUUUGAAUUCCGGCACCAUGCUAAGGGAGUGUGCCCGGUACGAGGCACUGGCCAAGAUCAUGCUGCACUCGGACGAGUUCUUCAAGUUCUUCCGCUACGUGGAGGUGUCAACCUUCGAUAUUGCCAGCGAUGCCUUCUCCACAUUUAAGGAGCUGCUCACGCGCCAUAAGCUGCUGUGCGCUGAGUUCUUAGACGCGAACUACGACAAGUUUUUCUCGCAGCACUACCAACGGCUGCUAAACUCGGAGAACUAUGUGACGCGGCGGCAGAGCCUGAAGCUGCUCGGGGAACUGCUGCUUGACCGGCACAAUUUCACCGUGAUGACGCGCUACAUUUCCGAGCCGGAAAACCUUAAGCUGAUGAUGAACAUGCUCAAGGAAAAGUCGCGAAACAUCCAGUUCGAGGCGUUUCACGUCUUUAAGGUGUUCGUGGCGAAUCCGAACAAGCCGAAGCCCAUUCUAGACAUCCUGCUGCGCAACCAGACGAAGCUGGUCGACUUUCUGACCAACUUCCACACGGAUCGCUCUGAGGACGAGCAGUUCAACGACGAGAAGGCCUAUUUGAUCAAGCAGAUAAAGGAGCUAAAGCCGCUGCCCGAGGCUUAGUUGGACCCGAACUAUGACUCCAACUUCAGCUCCGAAUCCAGCUCCAGCGUCCCAGGGGGCAAAAGGACCGUUACCAGAAGCGAGCGAUGGUGGGUUAUUGCAGGAUGUGAACAUGUUUUGUGUGUGGGUUAAAGCAAAUAUAUAUUAUAUAUACUAUAUUUUGUGACGAUGAUGACUCUACACUUGUGAGUAACUAAACAAUAAUUUAGACAACAACAACACUGAUGAUAAUGAUAAAAAACGAUAAAGCGAAUUAGAAAUCAACAAAAAAGUACGAGUAAAUAGCGUAAAGCCGAAAAAAAAACCGAAAGAGAGUUUCGAAUUUAACAUAGCCACAUUUAGACAUUCUGGGCCUAGAGAUCCUCACUAUAUUACUAUGUAUGUUUUACCAUCCGUCGAUCUAAUCUAAUCCCUCUUAUUCCCUAGACCCAUUUUCGAUAUAUAUUUAACUAGUUGUUGUAUUUGAAUUUUGAGCGUUUUUGAAACGAGAGGUCCCCUCACCCCCCAAAACCUGCCACGCCCCCUUGCGCCCCUACAAAAAAAACUGAAAACUGAAGAUUCACAAUGAGUUUUGACUUAAAAAUGUAAUUCCACGCAAAAUUCAUGAAAAAACGAAAACUAAAUACUGCAUAAUAAUAAUUCAUAGUGAUAAUUGUCUGUGCAUCCUUUGACAUGGACUCUAUUAUAUAUAUACCGAUUUAUAUAUAUAAAGAAAGAGCGAAAGAGAGAGAGAGAGCAUUCAACACACACACACACAACACACAUGCAUACGUACAUAGUUAAACGGGAAGUAAAACAAACAAAAAAUCAACAUUGCAAGCAACAUAAUAACUAUACGAUUAUUAUAAUUUAUAUUAUUCCCAAAUUAAAGAUAACAGCCAAACUAAAA